AGACCCAGACCCCAAUAUCACCGGAUCCAGAUCAACUGGCAAGUCAAUUCCUACACACUCAUAGAGCUCUGGAACAGCACCUGGCUACCACAAGGGUCUUUAGGGUCUAUGGAACCCCAGAUGAGGCCAAUUCCUUCCACCUGGAGACCCGAUAUCCGAUAUUUCUGGAUGGCCGGGAUCUGGAUACCCUAAAGGGUCUAUUUACUAUAGACCAGCAGGACCAUGAUCAGGCAGAGGCCCUAUUUGAUAUAAUACACUCUAUUCUAGUGAAUGGCCAGCAGAAGCUAUUUCAGACCCCAACCCAGGCAUUAUUUGCCUUAAAUUCAUUUACUAGAGAUAAUUCCUCUAUGAAGCGCUUUAGACCUCUCCAGAGCCCAAUUAUCUUUUUAAACUAUACUUAUAUCUUUUGAGCUUUUCUAAUCUUUCUAUUGAAUUCCUAUCAAGAUCAGAUCACCCAGGAGCCCCAGAGCCCCCAGGCAGUCCACCAUCUCUAUCAGCUAGCGGCCCCUGAAAUUGAUAUCCUACAGGCCCUGGAGACCUUCCUAGCUCAGGUCCGGCCACACCAGACCCAACCAGCUGGGGCCACCCCCUUCAGGGUUCUCCAGCCGGACUGGCAGGACCAUCUAGAAUCAGAAUCUGAUUCUGAUCAAGAGAAUCACGAUUUAGAGAAUCAAAACAGAGACCUUGAAGCAGGCUCUCAGCCAGGUCAGCCAGGUCAGCCAGGUGCGCCAGGUGCUCAGCCAGGUGCUCACCCAGGUGCUCAGCCAGGUGCUCAGCCAGGUGCAGAAUGGUCAGAUUCUUCAGACAGUGAAUCAAAGCUAGAGCUUUUUAGACCCCCAAAUCACCGAGUCAGCCGAUUUAGGAAACAGGAUAUUCAAAAAGGAGCCUAUCUGGUCCAGGAUCUAGCCCGAGCCCUGGUAGAGAAAUAGCUAAAGAAUCAAUUCACCUGUCCUCUCUAUGCCUUUCUGGCCUGCUUUAGUAGGGAUUAUGCCCGUGGCUGCUUUAAAUAUAUCAGUCAGAUUAGCCAUAUCUAUUCUGCAAUAUUAAAAGUCUUUCAGUUUAUCUUUUUGAUCUAUGUACAUGAAGAGAUAUAUAUAGAUCAGACCCAGCCCCCAGAGCCCAUGAGUGAAUAUAUCAGGGAAUGGAUGACCCGAUACUGUACCAGCCAGGCAGAGACAUCCCUGGGGAUCCUGCUGGGCCAUCGAAAUCUAGCACUAUUCCUGAUCCGUAAUGGCACAGUCCUAGGUCAGGUAGUUCUAGUGGGUCCCCAUCAGUUCAAGUAUUGAGCUCUACUGAUCUCAUAGCGGGAGCUGCAGAGCUUUUUCUACCGGAUAAUUCAGGAUCUUGCAGAUCAACUGGCUAAUAAGCUCUUUCUAGAUUUUGAUUAUUUCAGACAGAUAGCAGCCUCAAUCUCUUUAUCAGAGAUAUCAAGAUAUGAAGACUUUCAGAAUCCAGCCAGG